AGUUUCUAACUUACAUCAGUUUGCAACAUUAAAAGAUAUCAUUUGAAGUGUUUGGGCAGCAAAAUGAGCGACACGAACGCCACAACAACUGACGCCGAGGGCGAGGAGGUUAAUACACUCGAGCAAUCGACAAUAACCAUGGUCGACGUUCUCGAGCAGGAGAAGGAAAUGGAAGACGAGUACGCCGCGGUGUUGGGCGCCUCCGAUGAAAAGGCCUGCACCUAUGCCAAGGGUCCCAUUCAGCGGCAGGCCCUGUACUCCUGCCUCACCUGCUGCCCCGAGGCUCGCACGGAUCUGGCCAAGUGCGCUGGCGUCUGCCUGGCCUGCUCCUAUCGCUGCCACGAAAACCACGAACUGGUGGAGCUCUACACCAAGCGGAACUUCCGCUGCGACUGUCCGACACUGCGGCUGGGCGCAGUCAAGCGCUGCUGCCUCAAUCCUCAGCUGGAGGGACCCCAGCCGUCGAACGAUGGAAAUCUUUACAACCAGAAUUUCCAAGGAUUGUACUGCCAAUGCAAGCGUCCGUAUCCGGAUCCAGAGCGCACCACCGAGGAGGUGAUGCUGCAGUGCGCAGUCUGCGAGGACUGGUACCAUUUGCCACACAUGAAGGCGCCCGGGGCAUCUGAGAAGAUGCUCGAUUCGUGCAGCGAAAUGAUCUGCGACACUUGCAUGGAUAAGAAUCAGUUCCUGCGCGACUACACUGCCCUGGCACUGCAGGCAGUCGAAGCCGAAGAGUCCAAAGCAGAUUUAAAAGCGGAUAAAGUCCAGGUCGACGCCGAAGCUGAUUCAAAGCCUGAGCAGACAGAGGAGCCCGCUAGCAAGCGUGUCAAGCUCUCAACUGGGGAUUGUCGUCGCCCAAAUCCGACAAAGAAACACCAGGGUGCCGCCUUCUGGACCAACGACUGGCGCAAAUCGCUUUGCAAGUGCACCGAGUGCCUGGCCCUCUUCAAAGAGUUUGCCGUGGAGUUCCUUUUGGAUGCCGAUGAUUCGGCCAAGGCAUACGAGGAGCGCGGCAUGAAACGUGCCGAGGAGAACUCCAGCUACGAGCAGGGCAUGCGGGCCUUGUCCUCGAUUGACCGCACCCAGCAGAUCGAUGCGAUUACCGAAUACAAUCGCAUGACCGAUAAGCUGAAGGAUUAUCUAAAGGGUUUUGCCUUGAGAGACAAGGUCGUCACCCCAGAGGACAUUAAUGUUUUCUUUACUCGAAUGCGCGACGAGAACAAGCCCAGUGUCGGCCAGCCGCAUUUCUGUCGCUAAAUUGGUGUCCGGUCGCUAUUGCCAGAUAAAGACAGACAUAUUUAAGCUAUAUUGAUCAGUUAUAGUAUUACCACACAUUCCCCAAUACAUCAUCCGUGUAACAUCAUAAA